UGAAAAAUUUCUCAAAAAUUUCUAAUUUUUUCUAUACUAUGCAAACAAAGGAAAAAAUUUGAGAAAAUUCUUGGAAAAAGGGGAAAAAAAUUGUAUAGGGAUCGGAGCUACGCCUCGGCUUCCGAUCGUGGUCCUUGAAACCCUAGGAGCGAAGGAGAUUGAUUUCUCCGGUGGGAACCCUAGAAGCGAGAUGAUCAGAUCCUUGCGGCCGUGAAUGGCAACCCUAGUGAGUGGUGGUGUGAUCAGGUGGUGGCAUUGCGCGGUGCUCCUGGAGUUCUCUGGUGGUUGAAGAGGGCUGAAGGAUCGGUGGGCUAGGGUUUUGAGAUGGGGGGGUCAGAGGUGUCUGAGGGGGGGAUCGGACUGGAUUGUAGUGUGGGGACGAUUGUGUGGGUUCGGAGGAGGAAUGGUUCGUGGUGGCCUGGGAGGAUUCUAGGGUCUGAAGAGUUGUCCGCGUCGCACCUCAUGUCGCCGAGAUCCGGGACUCCGGUUAAGCUUCUUGGACGGGAGGAUGCCAGCGUCGACUGGUACAAUCUAGAGAAAUCCAAACGUGUGAAGGCUUUUCGUUGUGGGGAAUUUGAUGCUUGUAUUGAAAGGGCUGAAGCUUCCCAGGGCAUUCCUAUAAAGAAGCGAGAGAAAUAUGCACGUCGAGAAGAUGCUAUUCUUCAUGCAUUAGAGCUUGAGAAACAACAGCUUGAUAUGAAGCAAAAAGAAUCAGGACCAAUCCCCAAUGGUGCAAACAAUAAAACAUCAGGAUCUUGGAAACGAGAUCUUCAUCAUUUUCCUUCAGAACGUCACAUGAAGAAUGAUGAUCUGAAAAGUCAUGGUAAAUCUGCAAAUCACAAAUCCCAGAUACCUUCCAGAAAAGUAGCUUUGCCACAACGUGAAGAUAAUAUGGGUAAUUCUUUGUAUGCUGACAAGGGGAAAAAUGGUAAGCAAUUCAGUGAAGAUGCCCCUGAAGCCAUGCCCCGGAUGCGAGGACUACAAGAUUUUGGGCUUAUGACUGCCCCAUCAAAGAGGAGGUUCUCUCAAGUUGUCGGAUGGGAAACUUCUAGAAAGCCUGUUGAUAACCAUUUACAACUUAUUUCUAAUUCUCAGAAUGCAAUGGAAAUUGCAGGACAUGUUGGUGGCAGCAAAAAUAUCACGCCCAUAAAAAGGAAAAGGUCACAAGCUGGCCCGAUUGAAGAGUCUCUUGUUAAAAGGCGUGAUAGACGACGACCACUUGUUCAAGUAUUGCAGAGUAGUGUGAAGCUACUAGAUUCAUCGUCUUUUCGCCCUGAUGAAAAUGCUGAGGUAACUAAGCAAGUAGAAGCAGACCCUGUGGGUGCUAUAUGCCGAGCGAAAAGGAGCAAAUGCGUCUACCUACCUGCUGACUCGGGUGAUUCUUUGGAUCAUUUGGGAUAUCCUCUUGGGCAAAUGCCAGUUGUAGAAUCGCAGUUUAGAAUGGAUUCUUUGGGAGAGGAGUAUACAUCUACUGGAUUGAUCGAGUCUAGUGGUUCUGAUACAUCUGAGACAGAUUAUUUAGAACUGAACGCAGGGGAGGAUUUGAACCCACUGUCAGAUGAUUUGCCUGGAUCUAAUUCUAUUAGGCAAAUAAGUUACGUAUCUGGCAAUGAAAUCUCUGAAAGUAUUGGUAAUUUGAAUGAUAAUGAGGUGUGCCUUGCUGAUUACUCGCCACAGUUGCAUCCAACUGAGCAGAUUGCUGAUGCUUCAAAAGAGGUGGGGGUUUCAAAAUGGCAUAUGAAAGGGAAACGCAACAUUAGACAUGUGGGGAAGAAACCUACAGACGCUGUUGAUGGAAAAGUUACUGUUUCAAGUAAUGGUCUGGUCAGGCAAACAAUAAAUGAUAACAAGGGAAACCGAUCUAAAAUGCGAAGACCUGAAUCCUCCAACCAAAAGCAAUUAGGAAGAGAUUCUCAACCAAAAAAAGAGGACUUCAGCUUUGCUUAUGAUGAGGUUGAUCUGUUGGGCAAUGGCUCAGGCCAUACUGAUGCUAUUGGGUUUGGGAAUCGAAGAAGCCCAUUGGCUUUAAAAGCUAUCAAAGAUCGAGGGAGGACCCACAUUGGUUUUGUUGAUUCUGAUAAUGAUUCUCAUGUCAUAUCCCCAUCAGGUUGGGAUCCUGAAGGCUUGUAUGGUCUGCCUCAGAGCUCUUAUUGGGAUGAAUCAGAUGAGCAUGUUGAUCCUGUUUACACUGAUCAUGUGGAUGAACUACUACAGCCCAUGUUGGUAGAAGUGGAUCUGAAGGUUCAGCCAGCGAGCUAUCAGGGGGAACAUGUUCCUCUGGUUUCAUUGAUGAGCCGAUUGAAUGGAAAGGCAAUUGUAGGGCAUCCUAUCCAAAUUGAAAUUCUAGAGGAUGGUUUCACCAGUUCACUUCUUUUGAGGACGGACGGUGGUCUUGAUGAUGGUACUACAUCCCAACCUGUCUGGAGAACUGCCAGAAGAACUGCAAUGCAGAGAGUUCCCCGGACCAACCCAGUCACAGCAUUGGAAGGGGAUAGUACUGAACUACGUCAAAUCCCAGUUCGUGAGGGCAAAACACCUUCUAAAAAGGCAUACUCUACUCAUCAGGCCAAGUUGGCAAAGAAAAGCAUAUCUCGUAGUCGCCGUUCUUCAGGAAAGUUAGAGCGGAAGCUUUUCAAGAAAGUCAGUUUGUCUAGCCAGAAAACAAGGAUGCUAUCAUCUAUUGCAACUGAGCACAAGCAUGGUGGUGAAAUCAGUGGUAAAAAGCGUCACAGAAGCAAUGACUUAUUGGGUGGAUUGCUUAAACCUGAAGGAGCUGUGCCCCUGGUAACAUGUGUCCCUGUGAAGGUUGUCUUCAGCAGGAUAAUGGAAGCAGUGGGCAGGCCAUCUUUCACAGCCCACCGUGCUCGGAUGACUAGCACCUCCGUAAGAAAUCCAUCAGGGCCAUAAUGUAAGCUUUCGCUCUGCCUUUACUACUUGGCUCUCGCUCAACUUGCUUUUUUGGCUUGAGCCUGGAUAAAUGACCGUUGCGUCCAUAGCUUUUAUCAGCUGAUUAUCCGAUGAUGAGCCAUUUGCACAGACAAGCUCAGAUAGGUUGAUGUAAACUUAUAUUACGACAAAAUUGUAUUGUAAUUUAUGGAAAUAGCUUGAUGCAGAUUAAGGUAAAGUUCGUAGUGGGAGUGUGGCAGGCACCGCAGAUGUAUCCGAGUGCGAGGCCUGUGCUGAAGCAGGUGCGCGAGUUUAGGGAAAAAGACUCAGCUUCCUCCCAAGAUUUACUUUCAACUGAAACUUUGGGUUUGUGGCUGACUCCUGUAAAGUACUAACUGCAGCUCUUUAGUAUGUUAGUUUGGCUCAGCCAUUCAAUAAUUAUACCCGAGAACUGUUCUGAUGCUCCUGUAAAAGAGCAAGAUAUGGAAAACCCUUUGAAUAUACCAGCGGUUGUAGUUACCAAUACCAUCCAUCAUCAUCAUCAUCAUCAUCAUCAUGGCUAUUUUAUGCUAUGCUUCUGUUUUAAGUUUUACUACUUAUCAGCAGUAUAGCUUUUUAACUAUGACAAAGUAAUAAAGCACUCUGUUGAUGCUUUUA